UUCCAACCACCAACAAUCAGAAAGAAGAAGUAAAACUAGCUCCUCCGGUGUGGUUACACAACAACACGUGUAAAGCUGCUAGUAACAUCUCACAGCGACUAACAACGCCAAUACAAAAGCUGGUAAAUCCUCGUGACGCUGCAAGAGUAAAAGUUAUUGUGUUUUAGAUGCAGACAUGGCUAAUGUGUUCAGCAGCAGCUCAGAGGCUGUUCUUCAGCGUGUGGUCGAUGUCACAGUGUCAACAAACACUCCUUUGGAAAACCUUGGAGAGCUGUAUCAGAUAAGGAAGACCUGUGACUUUAUCACUAAGAAUGACUUUAAAAAGGUUGCACUGCAGUUUCCUGAUGAGCUGCUGGUGGACUCACCGGCAAUAGCUGCAGAGAUCGAGAAGGAAACCCAGGCUACGCUGUUUAUACUGGGAGACACGUCCUAUGGCAGCUGUUGUGUGGAUGAAGUGGCAGCAGAGCAUGUUGGAGCGGAGUGCAUCGUGCACUAUGGCAGAGCUUGCCUCAGCCCCUGCAGAAGGUUGCCUUUGAUGUACGUGUUUGAAAGAAGAGCGGUGGACCUUGAGAAGUGCACCUUGGCCUUCAGAGAGCUUCACCCCAACACUCAGAGCCACGUCAUUAUCCUCUACGCUGUCAACUAUGCCCAUGUUAUCAGUCCUCUGCUGACACUCCUAACUCCAGACUAUCCAAACAUUGUGGGCUCAACACUUAUUGUGGAGGGGGAGCAAUGCUGCAGUCACUCAGAUGGAGACAAAAACCAGAUUGUGUGUCAGUUUGGAAGGCAGUUUGCCUUGAAAAGUGGUUUAAGCAUAACAGACUACAGUAUGUUCUAUAUUGGCACAGAGGGCGCUUCUUUACGAAACUUCAUGAUGACCUGGAACCGUUGUUCUUUCUGCUCCUAUGAUCCCAUAACACUGACUGGAAGGACAGAGUCUGUAAACAUCAACCGGGCUCUGAUGAAACGCUAUUACGCUAUAGAGAGGGCCAGAGAUGCCCAGGUGGUUGGCAUCCUGGUUGGUACGCUGGGUGUGGCCGACUACCUCAGCAUCAUCCAGCAGUUGAAGGAGACCAUCCACAGAGCUGGGAAGAAGAGCUAUAUGUUUGCCAUGGGAAAACUUAAUGUGGCCAAACUUGCUAAUUUUCUUGAAAUUGACAUUUUUGUGUUAAUUGCAUGUCCUGAGAACUCACUGCUGGACUCCAGUGAGUUCUACAGACCCAUUGUGACACCAUUUGAGAUGGAGGUGGCUUGCAACAAGAACAGGGAGUGGUCAGAGGAGUAUGUCACAGACUAUCACCAUCUGUUGCCAGGUGGGCGGAGUCAUGUUCCCCUCUUUGAUGUGCGGGAAGACGGCGAUGAGACGGAUGUGUCGCUGAUCACAGGAGCUCUGCGAGGUACACAUUUGUUACCCAGUGGACCUGCAGCAUCCUCAUCUGGCUCCUCCCUGAUCUCCAGGAAUGAGACACUCACAGUGGCCAAAACUAACUCAGCUGCCUGUUUCCUAGCAGGUCGCAGUUGGCAGGGCCUGGAGCAGAAGCUGGGCCACACACCUGUGGUGAAGGCAGUGGAAGGAAGGAGAGGCAUCGCUAUUGCCUACGAAGAUGAAGGAAUGUGAGAAUCAUCCUUAUUUUGGCCCACUUACCUGCAGUCACUGAUAUUAACUGUACAUUGUAGCUGUAUGCAGUAGUUUGAGAGUUUACCACGCAAGAUUUUGACUCUCACAGAAAGUUUCAUAUAUGAAGAAUGUCCAUUCAGUGUCAUUGUUACUGUACUGUAAUGUUCAUAACAAGCUAAUGCACUAUGUGAUUUUUUAUCACAUUGGGUUGUGGUGUAAUACAUAGAAAUUGCAAAUAUUUUUUGAAUUUUGUGUGAAUUUUUUGUUUAGAGUACAAAUCCUUUUCAUCAUGAAAAUAAAAACCGGAAUGUUAAAAAAUUUAA